AUGAAGAUUGCGUCUGCAAUAUUGAUCGUUUCCUUGAGCUUUCUGGCUUUGGCUGAGGCCGAUUCAGAUUUAGUGAGGUGUCCUCAGGCUUGCACAAGGGAAUAUAGUCCAGUGUGCGCCGAAUGGCGUAGGGGCAUAGUACGUCCCAUAAUCAGUCGGUGCACUUUCCCCACUAAAUGCGUUCUUAGCAACCAAAUAUGCAGAACCAAUAGAAAAUGGGUUGUCGUCGACGAGAGACGUAAAUGCAGGAGUGAAACUACGGAUUGCGAUGAGCUGCGAAAAGCGUCGCAGUAA